UAGCGAUUCCACAAUUUCACGAAAAUACAAGGGUCGAGUCCUCAACUUUCUCUCUCUCUCUAUCUCAACUUGUCGCCGAAGAAGAAGAAGAAGAAGAAGAAACAGGUGAUCAUCAAUGGUGGCUAGGUUGCUUGCUAUGAGACGCGCUUUGUCUCUCUUCAGUAACCAACAACCUCGAAUUCCUCUCUCUCAAGUCUCAACAGAGCAGUUGUCGCUAUCAAACUCACUCUUCAGCAGGAAUAAUGGAUAUGGAAGAUUACUACAGAGACAAUUCUGUGUAACCCGUGGUGCUAACGAAGCUUCAGUAACCAAUGUUUGCAACUCCUCAAACUCUGCUACUGAGUCGGCCAAAGUUCCGACAGCCUCUGAGGACCUGAUGGUGAAGUACAAGUCCCAGUUGAAAAUUAACCCGAGGCAUGACUUCAUGAUGGUCUUUACUUGCAAGGUCUGUGAAACAAGAUCUAUGAAGAUGGCGAGCCGAGAAUCAUAUGAGAAAGGUGUUGUGGUGGUACGAUGUGGAGGUUGUGAUAAUCUACAUUUGAUUGCAGACCGUCGUGGUUGGUUUGGGGAACCAGGAAGCGUGGAGGACUUUCUUGCUUCUCGUGGGGAAGAAUUCAAGAGAGGA